AUAAAUACAUACAUAAAUAAAUAGUCUACACCUAACAAAUGCAACAGAUUUGUUUUCCGGCAGCGGCUGUAUUUUACGAUUAAAUUAUACGUUGUUAUUUUGAAAAGUUCAGGAACCGGCAAACUUAAUUGUUCCAUGUGUCCAUGUUGUGAAAGUAAACCGCUGGUGUUGGAUAGUUGAUGUACUUUACAUUCAUAUUUCAGCUGUGAAACUUCGGCAAGGUAGAUUUAGUAUUCGGAUUGAAUUGAUGGCUUCUGCAGACAUUGAUCAGCUUACAGAUGCUCUGGCCAAGACUCAUGUUGGGGUAGAGCUCAGCUAUAAGGGUCAGGGACUGAAGCUGAACGAUAAACAAUCAGUGGAAAAGAUAGUGCUGGAGAUAGAACAGUUUCAUGGUCUGAAGGCUUUACGACUUGAAGGAAAUACUCUUGGAGUUGAAGCAGCACAGGCCAUCUCAAAGGCUCUUGAGUCAAAAAAAGAUCUGCAGCGAUGCUACUGGAGCGACAUGUUCACAGGUCGUCUUCGCUGUGAAAUUCCAUCUGCCUUGAAAUCCUUGGGCAGUGCUUUGAUGAUAUCAGGGGCCAAGCUUACUGAACUGGACCUGAGUGACAAUGCGUUUGGACCUGAUGGUGUAAAGGGCAUUGAGGCCCUCCUCAAGAGCUCUGUGUGCUACACUCUACAGGAACUCAGGCUGAAUAAUUGUGGCAUGGGCAUUGAAGGAGGCACAAUCCUGGCCUCUGCAUUGACUGAGUGCUUCAAGCAGUCGAGCGCUGCAGGCUCACCUCUAAAGUUAAAAGUCUUUGUAGCAGGAAGGAAUCGGCUUGAGAAUGACGGAGCCACUGCACUUUCUCAAGCAUUUCAGUUGAUUGGAAGCCUUGAAGAGAUUCACAUGCCACAAAAUGGGAUCAACCAUCGAGGCAUCACAGCUUUGGCCACGGCAAUGCAGGACAAUCCCAAUCUGCGUGUGCUUAACCUCAAUGACAAUACCUUCACCAAGAGAGGUGCGGUAGCCAUGGCCCAGGCCCUCAGGCACUUGUCUAACAUACAGGUCAUUAAUUUUGGAGACUGUCUGGUGCGCUCUGAAGGUGCCAUUGCUAUAACAGCAGCACUAAGAGGACUGUCUGGUCUUAAGGAGCUGAACCUGUCGUUUGGAGAGAUUUCAGAAGCUGCAGCUCUGGUUGUUACCCAGGCUGUACGGGACAAAACUGAUUUGGAGAAACUAGACCUCAAUGGAAACUGCUUGGGAGAAGAUGGCUGUGAGGCUCUCAAAGAGGCCAUGGAAAAUAUGGGGAUGGGGGAUGUGCUUGGCUCGCUCAGUGAUGAUGAAGAGGAAGAGGAGGAUGUUGAGAAUGAUGAGGAAGAUGAAGAAGAUACAGAGGUUGAGGAGGAAGAUGAGCAAAACUGUACGAACGGGCUAAAAAAUAGAAGCAAUUUUGAAGGAAGCCCAGCAAAGGUAUCAUUAGGCAGUGCUGAAAUCUUGUCCUUCCUUCAGACCCCAACUUCUGAGAAACUGCUUAACCUUGGUGCCAAAAGAGUUCAGCUGUUUGAGCAACAAGUGGAUUCUUCAGAUGCUGGUAAAAUUGCAGACAUUUUUCUUCAGCUCUCCUCUGUAUAUAACGAAGACGCAGAAGUGAAUCAAGUUGUUCUUGAGCUUGCUGAUGCCCUGUUGAAGAAGACACUUUCCAGCCUUCAGUUUCAGACCUAUAAUUUUACCACUUCACUGCUGGUAAAACUGGGACUUUUAAAGGGUGAGAAAAAGUCCAAGAAUGUGUGUGUUUUGCCUGGUCACCUACUUACUCUGAAGCACUGUGUUGAGCAGGACUACUUUCCUGUGGAUCAGGCCGAAGUUCUAGAAGUUUUUGUGUCUCGAAAUGGCAAAGUUUUAGCGUCAUGUCCCAGUGCUAGGGAUGACCUUAAAGCUUCACUGGAAAAAAGGAUCUCUGCUUAGGACCCAGUUUUGUCACUGAGAACUCCUAGAGCCAAUGAGGGGACCAGAAAUGCUUAUAGGGACAUGAUGUAUUAUUGUCUGUAUGCAUCCAAAUCAUCAGUUUUCUUUAGUUGAAGGAGUAAAAAUUCAACCAUAGUGAAUCAGUCCUUGGAGAACAAAAUGUAAAAAAUACAUUGCAAACCACUGCCUAAUUAAUUUAUAACUAAAACAACAACAACAAAACUUGAGUAGCUUUGAUAAAAAUGUGUUUCUACUGAGGAUUUAUUUUCAUUCACAGAUUCAGUCUUGGCUUCCUGAAUAACAGUCCAAUUGCUGUUAAAGAUUUUUUUAGAUAGAUUGAUAAUUGAAGAUGAAUUGUCACUGAUAUUUUUAUGUCAUAACUACUUCAAUUGAUCCAGUAACAGCACACCAGCUAUUAAUUAUUUAAGGCAUUUCUUCAAUUUGGAAUACACUUCAUUUUUUACUUAACCUUAUUGACUUUCUCAAAUAAACAGAUAAUAUGCUCAAAUGUACAAUUUGGCCAGUAGCAGACAGAAUCUGUAGAAUGAAAUAAAAAAAUAAAAUAUUUUUAAUAUUGACCUAUUUUUAUAUAUAUAAAAAAAAACAUCAUAAAGUAUUGAACAAGGGCUUUGUAGUUAUUUUUCUAGCUUAUGUAUAGUGAUAGUAAUGGAAUGUAAUUUUAGAAAUGUGAAAACUCCUCUGCACACUGGUUUAUUUGACGAGGUGUCUUAUUUAAAAUGAAGUGAUGUGGAUUUGGUGUUAAAUCUUUAGGGAAAAGUUAGCAAAAGAGAACAGAAUAAAAAAUGGAAAACAUACCUCAAUACAAUUCUGCCUCUCAUUAUUAUCCUCAAUGUGCUCUGUUAUUUUUGUAUUCACAUUAAACUGAUUAAUUGUU